UUUGUCAAAACAGUAUGCAGUAUGAGUUGUCUGCCGGCUAGAUCACUUACGAAACUAAGCCGACUUUUGUAACUAAUAACAGCUACUGUUUUGUGUUUUGCUUACAUACACGAUUUGACAGCGCAAGUGUUAUUUGAAAUAUAACAAUCUUUUUUAUAAUACCUUGUCUUCCAUCAGAGUAACAGCUAUACACAUAAAUUGAAUUUGUAUCUUUUCACGAUAUUAGUGGAAUAUCGAAGUAUCAAAUUCUUCUAAACUCUUUUAAAAUCAUGUCAACUUGGACUUCCAAAGAUGAGAAAGUAUCAAAGGAAAUUUUGGUACCAGGAUACUUUUCUAAAAGACCAAGUCACUUGUGUGUUUGUACUUUAAUUAUCAGCAGUCCAAAAAUCAAUGAUAAGACCGGAGAACAAGCUGUCAACGCCAUAACGAAUGAUUUACACAGUGAAAUAAUCAAUGGAGAAGAAAAGAAAGAAGUUGUUAUAGACAAAACAUAUUCAAUUGUUGAUAUAUUAAUAGAAAGAGCAAUUCUUACUAUGUCUCUGAAAGAAAAAAGUUUAAUUACUGUAAAAGUACCGAAUGAUGACAUAGGUAUAUCAGUUGUUUCUUUAGAGGUUACUGUUGAAAAUAUUGUUUAUCACAAACCCAUUUGGGAAUGGAAAUCUGAGGAAAAAUAUAAAAUAGCCUUGGAACAUAAGCAAAUGGGUAUUAAAUUAUUUCAAGAGAAAAGAUAUGUUGAUGCUUUUCAUACAUUUAGUAAAGCAUGUAAAAUUAUUUUGACACUGGAGCCAAUAGAAAAUGAUGAGCCUCUUAUUAAUGAGCUACUCAAUUUAAAAUUGGUUUUAUUUAAUAAUAUGGCAGAAUGUCAGCUUAUAAAACAAAACUAUGAUCAUGCCGUUACUCUUUGCACUAAAGUAUUGGAUAAAGAAGAGAAUAAUAUCAAGGCAUUAUACAGAAGAGGAGUUUCAUACGGUGGUCUCAGAGACUUUGAAAAAGCUAUAUCAGACUUGAAGAAAAUUUUAAAUUUUGAUUCGAAAAAUAAGUUAGCAAAAGAAAAAUUAAGUAUCUACAAUGAGCAGUGGCAAAAAUCUGUUAAAGGUUAUGAUAAUAUAGUGCGCAAGAUGUUUGGUGCUUGAAAAAAUGGUUUGAAUUUGUAUUUUUAACAAUGUAACAAGUUAUCACUGAUAAAUAAGUUAAAAUAUAUAGUUUUUUAUUUCAA